AUGUCGUCCACUGCAGAGAUCUCUGAGGACAAAGGUUCUCACAUCUGGACCUUGCUGCCGACGUUUGACCCUGCAGUGGACAAUGUCAAAGAGUACAUAGAGAAGGUGAAGUUCAUAGAUACAAUCUGCCCAAAGAAAGAUCGGCCAAUGCUAGCCCCACGGCUGGCCAUGCUGUGUCGGGGAACGGCUUGGGGACAAGUUAAGAACCUCGAUUCUGCUCAGUUGGUUGAUCCUGACAACGGUGUCAAGAACUUGUUGGCGGCGCUGUCAACUUGGGAAGAGUCCACCGAGAUGAAGACGUAUGAACAAUUCGAGAAAGCUGUCUACAAGACAGUUCAAAAGAGCGAUGAGUCCAGCAUGAGCUUCGUGAACCGCUUGCAGGUUGCCAUGGACGAGCUGGGCGCAAAGAGCAUCAAGGAGUUCCAUGCCUUCCUACUCCUCCGACAGAGUUCAUUUAGUCCCGAGGACAAGAAACGUGUCCUGACAAUGACCAAUGGAGACAUGGACACGAAGAAGAUCGAACAAGCUAUGAGAACCCUGGCAACAUCAAUUUUGUCAUCAGGUGAAAUCAAAAGGAAGGUCUACCCGACCAACUAUGUGGAACCGGAGCAGAACAUGGUGAACAAUGAGCAAGAAGCCUUUUCAGCUGGAAAUGUGAGCCAGUACAACAGCCACGAAGAAGAAGAGCUUGACCAGGAGUUUGUGGACCACCUAGCCUCUCAGGGCGACUCAGACGCCUUGAACGUGAUGAGUUUUGAACGUGACCUAGAAGAGAUGUUUCAAGAAGUCCCAGACCUCCACAACGCUUUGCUGAGUUACCAAGAGGCGCGAACAAAGAUCCUGGAGAGAAAGCGAUCACGAGGAUUCUGGCCUGCCACUGGAAAGGGAAAAUCAAAGGGUGCUGGGAAGUUUUCGCAGUUCCGAAAAGGGUCAGGCAAAGGAAGCCUGUUGCAGCGCAUCUCAAGGACAUUUUGUCGAGCAUGCGGAGAAAAAGGUCACUGGAAAGCAGAGUGCCCGAACAAGCCUCCUGCAGCGACUGAUCAAGCAAACUAUGUGACUCACCAGAGCUUUCGAGCCUAUGCCCGUGAUGAUGAAGAACCAGCCCAUGUGAUUUUCGAGGAAACAGAAGAGGUGCCACGGAAAAUGCCAUGUCAGUCAAAGAAACAGCAGCCGUUCGAGUGUCCAACGUCCUGCCCCCGCCGGGUCUUGUCCCAAGUGAGUCUGUGCAGAAUGCUGACUCAAAGAGAUGCCAUGAAGCUGAUCAAAUCGACGGCCGAAGCGGUGAUGGAAUCCCUCAGAAUGCUCCUGAUCAUCUUGAUGAACCAAAUCGAGGUGAAAGCCCCAGACCAGGAGAUCACAGUGCAGCACGCGACCUCACUCCAAUCUCUCCUGGCCAAUGUGAAUGCUCAGAAGGAUCGGAUCGAGGAACUCUCUCAGAUCCUCAAAGAAACCAGAUCCCCGAAGAGGUCUUCAAGUCGCGUUGGACCCAGUCCUUCGGAAGUUGGAGUCCUAUCGGAUCAUUCAUGGGAGCUGGAGGAGGAAGAGGAAAUCAGAGCUGCAACGAGGACCCCACCCAAGAAGAGCCAGCCGAGAUCCCAAGGAGCUUCAACUAUGAGCCACCUGAACCAGAACCUGAUUCCAGAGAACAACCGAGAAAGUCAACUCGCGCUGACUGCUCAGGCCUUGGAGUCUUGGGGCAACAAGAGAGUGUCUUGGGGGAAAACCCACAGUGGGAGACGAUUCACCGAAGUGUACGAAGAACACCAAAGCUAUGUCGACUGGGUCAGUGCACGAGCCAAGAACGCGACCCCGGCCAUGCAAGACUUCAUCACCUACUGCCAAGCCCGAAGCGACAUGGAGAAGCAAGCACUGAGAGGUGGGAAUGAGAGCAUUGAAGACAGCAACAUCGUCUAUAAUGCCUUCUUUUCGGAGUCAAACGUUCCCGGACCUGCCAUUCCAAGCGACGAAGACACGCUGUGGAAUGAUGCUCAAGAGGACCAGCGACCAUACUGUGAGUAUGAAUUCGAGGUCCCCAAGCAGCAUGUCCAAAGGUUCAUGAAAGAUCCCAAAAUGAACACCUCAUUUUUAGCCACUGCAGCCAGACGUGCAUGUUCCGAAGUCCGAUAUGCCACCUUGAAUGCAUCCGAGAAAGAUCUCUUUGACAAAGCCAAGACCAAAGAACUAAACUGUUGGUUAGAAACCAGUGCUGUCAGGAAAAUCAUGAGAUCUAAAAUUUCCCCCAACCGCAUCAUGACCAGUCGAUGGAUUUUAACGUGGAAGCCCGACCCAUCCAUGCCCAAGGGUCAAAAGGCAAAAGCCAGACUUGUUGUACGGGGCUACCAAGACCCCGAACUUGAUCAGGUAAGCACUGAAUCCCCGACCUUGUCUAGAGAUGCUCGAAUGCUGUGUUUGCAGAUGAUUUCAUCGAUGGGUUGGGUAGUUCAGAACUUUGACAUUACCACGGCCUUUCUGCGUGGGAAAUCCGAUGGAAGGCAAUUAGCCAUGGAACCCGUUCCGGAACUCCAGAAACUUUUGAAAAUGACAAGCGACGAAGUCCUGUUGCUGGAGGGGAACGCAUAUGGCAGGGUUGACGCACCACUGCUCUUUUAUAAAGAGUUUAGACGUCAACUUGAAAAAGUGGGGUUUGAAGCUCAUCCACUCGAUAAUUGCCUGUUUUUGUUGCGAAACAAAACCAAUCCUGAAGUUCUGGAUGGGAUCUUAGGAACUCAUGUUGACGAUGGCAUAGGUCAGUGCUACGGCUGGGAAGAUUUCGAAUCUUUGAUGAAAGCCAAACGUUGCAGAACAACUCACACCGCAAGAUCGCGGCCAAGUGGGUAUCCUUACCAGCUGCAGCACUGGAAGAUGAGGCUGCCUGGGGAAAUCACAGACUUCGCCAUCGCCACUGCGCAUGGCUCAAGGCACGUGAGGUGCAAAAGCGAGGACGCUGCUGCUGUGGGCAGCCAGGUGCCUACUGCGAAGCUGGAACCUCAAGUGCUGGUUCGCAGUGCACGAGCUGCUGGGCAAGGGCGUUCGCCGAAGUACGAGGUUCGCUAUCGCGAGUUGCUGACCCGGAAGGCGAGAGAGGUGAAGCUCAAGGAGUCGGAGACCCUGGAAGUGAUCGAAUGCGAUCGCGUCAGCAUGCCAGUGCUGUAUCAGGACGAAGAGCGACUGGUCCUGGCAGAUUCGAACUUCAAUGAGGUGGAGAUUAGCGCUGAGCAAGUGGGAGACGCCACCGCUCUGUUGACGUCUGGCGACACAGUGUCAGUGCUGUACCAUGAGGACAACAUUGUCAAGGUGGUACCUCCUCCCGCAAUUGCCGAUGAGUUGCGACAGACCUUCAGGAAGCAACGGCGAGAAGAGCUGACGGCGAAGAGAGAGGCUCGAAGAGAAGAACGCGCGCAGGCCUGGAGUGAGCCUCAACUAGACACCAGCUAUGACUUCGCACAGAAGAGUAGUGGUACCUCUGCAUCUGCCAGUGAGUUGCGACGGGCCUUCAAUUAUUGGUGGCUGCAAAGGCGAAGGCAGGUGGUAGCUGAAAAAAAGGUGUGCUGCGCGGCUGGCAGCCAUGAGACCAUCAGUGUCCAUCGAGCACCUUUGCCACGCGAAGACAUCGAGAGACUGGCGGAGUUCUUUCCAGCGCCCAAUAGGAACUUCCCGAACUUGUGGUCGAAGGAUGCAUUGGAGAUCAGCGCAGAUCCCAAAGCCUUUGAUGCCGAGGUCUUGGGAAGCUUUUCCCUGGCGCUUUCUGAUGCCUUAGGUGGCACGUCUGUUGGAGUUGGAAGGCUCAGGGACGAGGGGCCACUGGGCCCGUGUGUGCAUGAGGCCAGCUCAACAACAGCAUGCCUUGAAGCUCUCGAGGCUGAAGCUCUGAGCGACGCUCCGCUGAGUGCUUCGUUUGAACUUGUCCUGGUCAAAGCCGAUAGCAAUGCAUUGAUCCUGGGCACUGGAAGACGUGCUUUUUUGUGGUGGAGUGGGCGCAGCGUCAAAGAUACGGCAGCGUCCACCGCCAGCCUUUUGAAGGAAAGCUGGUUUCGAGGAGUGUCCUUUGAUGGUGGGGCAUCUCUCUUCGAGAUUACUCCUGGCUACGUCUUCAGCUUCUUUCUGCUGGGCGACUGUGCCAGCCGCAUUUCUUGGGACUUCUUUCAUGCAGUCUUGAUGCCUUACCUCUCACGGAUCCUGGGGAAGUUGCGGAUCCUCUUCGACAUCGAGUGGAACUCACAGGUGGUGCUCUGUGGCUCCUUGGGGAAUUCCUUGGAGCCUUCGGAGCGUGGCCAAAAGCAAGCGGGGAAUGUGGUGGACGUGUCCCUGCUCCAGGCAGAUUUUAUGCGUCGCACCGGCGAGUGGCCGCCUGAUGCCUUAACUCGUGACGCUCGAUGGCUGCCGCCCUUGGUGCGCUUCGUGGCGUUCAAGCCGACGGAGUCCGUGCAAUUGGUGGACGAAGAGGGUGAAUCUCGACAGUCCUUCGCGGUGCAGGGCUUUGGUGCUGUGGCCAUUGCCCAGUGCGAGACAGGCGAAGCCUCGAAUUCCUCAAGCCUUAGCGACUGCGAAGCCCGGGGAGUGGCCUCCGGUUGGAUCUCCAGUGUUCGGUCAUGGCUAUCGCUGCCGGCCGAUGGGUCCCUGGCCACAGGGGGUGACGCUUCCCUGGAGCUUCUUGUUGCAAGACCAAGGAUAGAUGGCAUUGCAGAUUGGGAGCUCCAAAUCUUGGCACGAGCGGCACACGCGCACUUCGUGCAGCGCACAGCCGAAACCUUGCGGAGCCUGGUGGAGUUGGUGGAUUCCUUGCCAGAUGUGGUGGUGCGUACCUGGACGUUGAACGGAACGAGAUGGGGUGAAGAGAUUGCGGCCAUGGCUUUCCAGGCCGUGGCGAAGACGCGAGCUUCAAUUGACGCCGCAUCUCAGGGUGAUGUUACCUCGGCGCUGGCCGAGUCGCGCGAGGCACUGGUCUUGGCGCUCACGGCCAUUCACGACGACUCGGUGGUGUCGCAACUGUACUUCUCUUGGGAGUUCAAAUACGCCGUGUAUUUGCCCAUCUCCAUGCCCAUCCUGGUGCCUUUGGUGACCGCUUGUUGGCGCCAAGUCCUGGCAAUGUUUUCCGGGACAAAGCGCCUGGUGAAGAGAGGAUGA